GACUAUCUCGCACUGCUUAGUCGAAGUUCUCGCUGCUGUGCCACUGCCCUGCAGUCAUGGGUCGGUUCCCUCUUCAGUUCACUGCACCGGCUGUGGAUCGUGCAACAUGUUCUACCAGGAUGAUUCAGUCAGUCACACUGAGUGGUCACGGGGACCUCAGCAGGAUAAAGGUCGAGCAGAGCGCCACGGAGAUGACUCUCAGAGACGACCACGUCGAGGUGGUGGUCCAUUACUGCGGCCUCAGCUUCACGGACAACUACUUACGGCUGGGUAUUAUAAGAAAUGAGAAGUUUCCAGUCGUUAUGGGAAGUGAAUGCUCUGGUUAUGUCACUCGCGUGGGAGGAGACGUCAAAGAUCUUAAGGGAGGAGAGAAAGUGCUGUGCCUGAAAAUGCAAGGCGGUCUCUUCAGCAGAAUUGUCCACGUCCCUCGCAAACACUGCUUCCGGUUGCCGGAAGACCUCCCUCUCACGGAUGCAGUCGCCCUGGGCCUUAACUUCGUAGUGGCACACCUCUGCUUGUUUGAAAUUGGCCACUUAAAGCCGAAAGACCGAGUUUUCAUGCAGUCCAUCGCAGGUGGCGUUGGUACGGCUUUGGUCCAGCUGUGUCGAACUGUACCUGAUGUCGAAGUCUUUGGGACCGCUUCAGAAAUGAAACAUGAUGAUUUGAUGACUCUUGGAGUGAAGUGCGUCUAUUGCCCAGAAGAAAACUACGUCGAAAGAAUGCUGCAGUUUUACCCUGAAGGCGUAGAUAUCAUGGUAAACAGUAACGGUGGAAAGGAUACUGAAAAAUGUUGUAAAUUGCUUAAGCCAUGCGGGACGCUGAUAAAUAUUGGUUCAAACAGCACUGCUUGUUACCCCAGGUCGACAGCGUGGGGAUUUGCGAAACCAUCAUGGGAUACCAAACGCAUACGUACAGUAGAGUUAAUCAGUCACAACUACAGGGUAGCAGGUUUGAACGUCGGAACGUGGCUAGAAAAUCACCCGAAAAAAGUACAGACCAUCCUAGCAAAAGUAUUUGAACUGCAUCAGAGAGGACUGAUUCGACCUUGUGUUCAUUCCGUUAUACCUUUCGAUCGAGUGAAUGAUGGGAUAAAGGAGCUGUGCGAAAGGAGAAACUACGGAAAGAUCGUUCUCGAUCAAGAGCAUUUCUCCGCCCAUUCCGCUAAGAAACUACGGCAAGGUUCGAAGCCACAGCGAGGAACUUCGCAUUGGGGAAGACUAUCAGACGAGGACGACGAUACGGAAGCAGAAGAGAUGGUUCUGGACCCUGAAGAUGAAGAUUUUUCCGAAGACAUGCCACUUCUCUAGGAGCUGUCGUCAGGCUCACUAGCAUAAUAAUUUGAUUUUUAGUCUCCUUAAUCAAUUUGCGGUUUCAAAAAUAUCAAUCCGACACAUUUUUCAAAUAGUUUAAGUAAUGGGUGAUAAU